AUGCUUGGCAUCGAGGAAGAUGUCUUACGGGCUGAGUGGGUAGCACAGGUUGAAGAACAGAUGAAACCGGCACCGCGUCGUUCGCGCGACAAGGGCAAGCGCGCUAUUGAAACGGUGCUUGCACUGCAAAAGACACUUGUUGCCUACCAGGAGAACAUCCGUGAUCUCAAACUCAAACUUCUGGCUGACAAUGAUGUCCUCGACACCCAAGAAAUAGACUUGCAGCUCGUUGAUGCCAGGUCAAAGAGUGCACGGAUCGCUUCCGCUCUGGAAUGCAAGAAAGCAGCGCUUGGCAUAGGUGAAUGUGCGCAGCUCGUGCGACUCGCAUGCAAUGUUUUCCUGAGGAUCCGAAUGAAUGCGCAUGCCAUCAAGCAUCGGAUCCGUGAUCGCCUUCAUCAGUGCAAGUUCGAACUCAAACAUCUCGAGCGUUCGUAUCGCCAGACAAUCAACAACAACAAGCUUAGCACACAUGCUGAGUCGUCCAUCAAGCGUCGUGAACCCGGUAUUCUGAAGCUCGCGAAGAUGUACAAUAAUUUAUGUAUGCAGAUGUCAACGUUAAUUCGACAGCGCAAGGCUCCGCGGUUUGCUAUUGUAUCACCUCCCAUUCAGAGCAACGGCCUCUUCAAGCUUGACAUUGAUGACGACAUUUGGCAGGAUGUUGGGCUGGAUGAUGAUGCAGACACUGAUGCAGUUUCUCAAUGGCUCGGAGAUGAAACGUCUCAAGUCCGUGCGAUUCUCUGUUUGACCCCUAUGAGUUCAUCAUGGGGUCCUUCGGAGCAGGAGCUGAGAGAUGCUGCUGUAUAUCAGGUGACAGGCAAGUGGGAUAAGGAUGAGAGCUUGAUGGCACAAUAUAAUUCAGGUGAGAAUCAGGAUGAUGAUGAGGAACGGGUAAGCUUUGAUCCACCUACUGAUUCUGAAGAUGAUGGAGAGUUGGUGGAUGCAGCAGAGGUGGUGGCCUUUAAUGAUGCAUAUCAUGAGCUCUUAGCUAACCCUGAUCUUGAUACACUUCUGCUGGACAGUAGUAUUGUGGAUGAUACUGAACUCUUACCAGUCUCUCCUAGUAGGUACACUCCUCGCAAGCGAGCUCUUUUGAUAGUUUAG